AUGCGUCGACGCUUCAGUCUCCACUGCUUGUUACUGAGCGCGUCUAUAAGCUCAAUCGCUAAUGCCGCGCACCUCACUGCGACCGUGACAAAAGAAGCGCCGUCGGAGUCUUCCGCCACUCCCAACCCCGUCGCCGCCGACUCAACCACGACCAUGACGACGGCCGAAUCUUCAAACACUUCCGCCACUGCUAGCAGUAGCAGCAAUACCGGCACCGGCGACUGGCACAUGACCGCAGUCACUUCGGUGCAAGCUCGUGUCCAAGGCGACGCCCCCGUGUGGAACGAAGACGCCAAGAUGUGGCUGUCCAAGUUUGGCGACACGACGGAACUCGCGUACAUGAACAGCUUGGACACUGUCAACACGGCGUCAGUCGAAGGCGCUCUGAUGUUCGUGCAGGCUGAAGGCAUCAACGUGAACGAGCAGUCGGUCAAGUGUGAGCGCAAGAACAACAUGCAGUACGUGGUGUUCUACGAGGUGACGAUUGUGCAGCCGACGUACGGCAUCAAGUACUACGAGGACCACACGCCUCCUGAGUACGGCGAGUUCGUGGCCAUGGACAGCGCCAAGUGCACGGACGAGGGCAGUGACUUGACCGAGCACUGCAAAGUGUACAACGGAUUGGACGGAGCACCGGACAUUGGCCCAAUGGUCGGCGCCAACCUGCAGACGGCGGAUCGACGGGCGCCGUACCCUGACAAUUUCUGGUUCUCGUACCCGGGCUCCUGUGCACAAGAGCUGCGGGAAGACAAGACCGACGAGUGUCGUGCCGAGUAUCCUGGCGGGUUGUGCGCCAUGGGCGUCCAGCCUGACGGCGAGAACUGCACGUUCAGCUACAAGAUUCUUGGCUACCUGAACAUUGACGACCUGGUUGGUAUCACCGAGUUGGGCUACAGCAGUUACGAGGAGUUCUGCAAGGACGGCGGUGUGGAAUUCAAAGCUUCGAACACUGGGAGCGGCUUUGAGGUGGAGGAGUCGAUCGAGUUCUGGGAGAAGCCUGGAGAUAAAGACGCCAAUGCCAAACGAGCGAAGAAGAUGGUGGAGAUGUACAACGAGCUGGCGAGUAAUGACUCGAGCUCGAACAUGUCGCCUCUGCCGUCUGUUGAGACACUCACAGCAGCGAAUCCCGAGUGUUACCUGAACAGCGCCAAGUGCGCCAGUGCUCAGUAUGGCUGCAGUCGGUCGCUGUACUCACAGAUUUGCUCCGUUUGCACGCCAUCGGACAGUUGUAAUGCUGCCUCCUCGGCGUUCCCAGAUCUGGAGCUGCCUACAAACUCGUCGUCAUCGUCUUCUUCAUCGGGCGUGAGCUCGGCGAGUAGCUCAACGGAUGCUGGCUCUACAGGCGGCAGCACUGAUGCUGGAACGACUACGGACGAUGCCUCAUCGCCCCCACGUGACCGCGAUUACACCAGUAGUGGUACUGGGUCAGUGGCAGCGGCGUCGGGUAUCGUGGCGAUGGCUGCUCUUGUCGCCAGUAGCUUGUUGUAA